CACAUAGCAACCCAGUACCUGUCAAAGUUAAAUCGCAAAUCGCAAUCACAUCGAGUUUUUAUUCGUUAUUAUUUGUAUAAUAAGAUAAUGAAGAUAUCGUCCAAAACAUGUCGAUUGCGACACCUGAAGUGAUUGUUGCAGUUGUCAUACGAUAGUCUUCUCUGCGCGCGUGCCGGCGAAAUGUAUUGUUUGCAAUGGCUGAUCCCCGUGUUGUUGAUUCCAAAGCCAGUGAACCCGGCCCUGGUGAACACACACGUAAUGUUCAUGGUGCUUUACCUCAUAGGAUUCUUCCUCGAACGGAAACCGUGUACAGUGUGCAGUGUCGUCUUCCUCGCCGCUGUCAUCCUCAUCUGUUAUAGCGGCAUCGGUAACUGCCUCUUUUGGGCGAGCCAGUGCGAAGGAGAAAAGUACGAUACGUAGUCGCCCGCUCAUCUUCCAGAGUUACCUACCCAAGUGCUCAAGUGCAACAAAGUGUUCCUGCACCCGUGGAUGCGGAUAUCGCCGCGCGCUAUAGGCUGAAUGACCGUUGCCUUUCACCACGCAAUCUAACGAAAAAUAUAUCUGUGAAAGUUUUUGUAUAGUUUUGUAAAUAAAUCUUAAUAUUUUUUAAUUUACAUGUCUUACUGUUGUGUGAUAUAUUAAAACAGUGUCCAAAGGGAAGUAAUGUGCCGAUCUGUACUUAUGUAUCUCGAUUGUUAUGUUUAUUUAUGAAAAUGUGAUGAUAUUGUAUUGUAUGUACAGUUAUUGUUAGCAAUUAUUGAUUGAAAUAAUCAUGUGAAAUAUAAUUUGGGAAUAGA